CUGAUCCGCAAGCUGCCGUUCCAGCGCCUGGUGCGCGAGAUCGCGCAGGACUUCAAGACGGACCUGCGCUUCCAGAGCUCGGCCGUCAUGGCGCUGCAGGAGGCGAGCGAGGCCUACCUGGUGGGGCUGUUCGAGGACACCAACCUGUGCGCCAUCCACGCCAAGCGCGUCACCAUCAUGCCCAAGGACAUCCAGUUGGCCCGCCGCAUCCGUGGGGAGCGCGCUUGAGCGCCCCGUCUUCCAUCCGUCCCCCACAAAGGCUCUUUUCAGAGCCACCACAGCUUCCUGGAAAGAGCUGUUUAAGUCGCUUAAAGCUUUUGUCUGCACAUUACCCUUCCACAUAGCUCUAGGUUGCUAUUUGACCUUUUUUAUACCUGUUGUAUGUCUACAUAGUGGUUUCUUCCAAGUAAGAUUUGCAUACCCUUGUGAUAUUGUUUAACGUUAAUUGCGUUCUUAUUCCGAGCCCUCUAAUUUACUAACCCAAAGUAAGUUCAGCACCUCGGUCUAAGGGGAGGCGAUGAUCUUACAGAGGGUUGCGGUUUGGUGGAUACUAUGUAAUGUGUCUACCCAGCUGUAGCAGAGAUUUGCUUUGUAAGUAGCUGAAGUCUGGGUCUGAGAUCUAGCUUACAGCUCAUAACUACAUCACCAGACUUCUGGACGACUGAAUAUUGUUGCUCCUUAUUCUAAGGCAAUGUCUGAGGCUUACUGGGCUCAUCUCGGUGGUAAGUGGACUAUGAGUAAUAUCCAAUGAUAUUGCUUUGUUCUCUUGACUAGAAGACCUGCUAGCUACUUGGGACUCAGCAUCUAUUGCUAUGAUAUGGCUCCAUGGCAAUUCGUUAGUUUCUCCUUUUUUUCCUAUUUUACUUCAAAAUAUCAACUCAAUUCCCUCCCCCCUUCCCCCUUUGGCAGACACCUUUCUGGACAGAAAUACACUGGACAUCAGAGAGGAAUCCCUUUUCAAUUCCUUAGGGUGAGGACAGUCUUUACAGGGGUGGGUGUUGGACCUGAAACUCAAAAGAGCACAGUAAAUACCUUAUGCAGAUCACUGUCACGGACCUUCCUUCAGGUUUCUGCCAGUAAAUACCUUAUGCAAAUCACUGUCACGGGACCUUCCUUCCGGUUUCUGCCGGAAACUUCCUGAGAGCAAACUAGCAAUAGUUAAAGUUGUGUGGAGACAGCCCGUUUGCUCCCAGCCUCUUACUGAGCUUUGCUUCAAAGGUUGGGCCCAAAAGUAGAUAAGCAGACCCCCUCAGCAUGCAGAUUUACACCAUGAAUUGAAACUAAGGCAGAUUUAAAAGCAAGAUAUCAACCAAUUUAAAUACAAGAGUUCUGGAUGCUGACAGUCUUUGUAUGUCAUGAGUAUGUAAGGCAGUCAGGGGUCCCUAGCGUAGGAGGGAGAGCUAUGGCCUCCCUUUGCUGUUCUCACUUUUAGGGUUGCCUUAUUCUCUCGUAGGACUUGUGAGUACUCAUUAGCCAAACUCAAAGACUCAAAGGACA